AUGUCUUCUGCAGCACGGUGGACGCUUCGCCUACCCAGGAGGCACAUCACCUUCUCGACAGCUCCUGCGCGCAACAGCUUUCGAGCACCACAGCAGAAGCGAUGGCUGCAACAACCCUCCCGAUCCCUCCGCCGCGCAAAGGGUGUCCUAGCGCGAUCCUCGAAGUCGCAAAGAGAGCGACAGAUCAGAUCUACCGCCGCACGCCCUCAGGGGCAACCUCAGCAGCAGAAGGGAAACGAAGAACAACGUCAGCCUGAACAGCAGCAGCCACCACAAGAGCAAGUUGGCCGCAACACCCAACUCGCCACCGCGCUCGCCGAGUCAGACACCUCAGAUCUCGUCGCCGACGUCCACAUCCCCGACGAUGCAGGCGGUGUACUCCCACGCAACCACCCGGCGCUGGCGAUUCUGGGCAAUAGCAGUCUGGUUAUCCAGCGCCAAAUCGAGAUGAUGAACGUCAUGCUCGGCUUCGAGCAGGCGAACCGAUACAUUAUCAUGGACGGACAAGGGCAGACACUAGGCUACAUCGCAGAGCAAGACCACGGCAUAGGCAGGACACUGGCAAGACAGCUGGCGCGCACACACCGCAGCUUCACAACGCACAUCUUCGACGCCCAAGAGCGGGAAGUCCUGCGCAUCCACCGCCCCUUCGCUUACAUCAACAGCCGGAUUCGGAUCUACGACCCUGUGCCGGAAGGCGGAUACACCGACACCGCAACCUCAACAGCUCUGCAAGGCGUCUCCGCCUCCUCAGCCAUCUCCCAGAACUCCGUCGCCCAAACCUCCCCGCUCAAAUUAGACGACAUGCGCAUCAUAGGCGAAGCCCAACAACAAUGGGCCCCGCUCCGCCGCAAAUACAAUCUCUUCACCUACCGCGCCCUCGAGCCCGCACCUUCCGACACCAGCACACCCCGUCUCGAAUCAGGCGACAAGCCCGAUACCUCCACCACAGCACUAACAGAACACACGGCCCCCGACCGCGAAAUCGAAGCCGGCAUGUCGCAGUUCGCGUCCAUCAACGAGCCUUUCCUAUCCUGGGAUUUCACGCUCCGCGACGCCGACUCCCAGACCGUCGGUUCAGUAAACAGGAACUUCGUCGGUUUCGCGCGCGAAAUCUUUACCGACACCGGCGUCUACGCUCUGCGAAUGGACAGCGCGGCACAAUCCUCGUCCCUCGAAUCCGCGCAGGGCGAGGAGCUGGCGAAGUACGAACGCGACGCGACGGCCAUGACGCUCGACCAGCGCGCUGUGAUGUUGGCGACGGCCGUGAGCAUCGACUUCGACUACUUCUCCCGACACUCGCACGCUGGCGGUGGAGGGUUCAUGCCGUUGUGGUUCCCGGGUAUGGGUGGUGGGGCGGCUGAAGGCGGGGCUGCUGGAGGUGCGGCGGGGGCAGGCGCAGGCGCAGCAGGCGAAGCUGGCGCUGUGGGAGCAGCUGAAGGCGCUGGAGCGGUCGGCGGUGCUGCCGGCCGAGGAGUCGCGGGCGCUGGCGCAGGGGCAGCGGAGAGCGGGAUGGCGGGCGCGGGGACUAUGGCGGGGUAUGAAGCUAUGCAGCGCGGUGCUUAUGGACAACAGGGCGGAGCACCGCCAGAUGAUAUGAGUCCGCAAGCCCCGGAUGCUGGAGGCCCGGUGAAUCAAUUCGGCGAGACGCCCUUCGGGCAAGACCCAUCACAGAACCAGCCGGGCAACGAUGACGUCUGGGGUGAAGGGCAGGAUCCUUGGGGCGGACAGGGGUCGAGCGGUGAUGGAGGCGGAGGCGGAGGAGGAGAAGGUGGAGGUGGGUGGUUGGACACGCUUUCGGACUUCUUCGGUGAUUGA